AUGUCUUCCGAUAACAAGGGUUUCAACAGCAAAAAAUUCUUCAUCGAUCUUGCCUCCGGAGGUACUGCUGCCGCUAUCUCUAAGACUGCUGUAGCUCCAAUUGAACGUGUCAAGCUUCUUCUCCAAGUUCAAGAUGCUUCCACCACCAUCGCCGUCGACAAGCGUUACAAGGGUAUCAUGGAUGUCCUCGUCCGUGUUCCUAAGGAGCAAGGAUUUGCCGCUCUCUGGAGAGGAAAUCUCGCCAACGUCAUCAGAUACUUCCCUACUCAGGCUUUGAACUUCGCCUUCAAGGAUACCUACAAGAAGGUCUUCUUGGACGGACUUGACAAGAAGAAGGACUUCUGGAAAUUCUUCGCCGGAAACUUGGCCUCUGGUGGAGCUGCCGGAGCUACCUCUCUCUGCUUCGUCUACCCACUCGACUUCGCUCGUACCCGUCUUGCCGCUGAUGUCGGAAAGGCUGAAUCCCGUGAAUUCAAGGGUCUUGCUGAUUGCUUAGUCAAGAUCGUCAAGGCUGAUGGACCAAUUGGACUCUACAGAGGAUUCUUCGUCUCCGUCCAAGGUAUCAUCAUCUACCGUGCUGCCUACUUCGGUAUGUUCGAUACCGCCAAGAUGGUCUUCGCUUCUGACAAGAAGCUCAACUUCUUCGCUGCCUGGGGUAUCGCUCAAGUUGUCACUGUUGGAUCUGGAAUCCUUUCUUACCCAUGGGACACCGUCCGUCGUCGUAUGAUGAUGCAAUCCGGACGCAAAGACGUUCUCUACAAAAACACCCUCGACUGCGCCAGAAAGAUCAUCGCCAACGAAGGAAUGGGAGCUAUGUUCAAGGGAGCCCUCUCCAACGUUUUCCGUGGAACUGGAGGAGCCUUGGUCUUGGCUAUCUAUGAUGAAAUCCAAAAGUUCAUGUAA